UAUCAACAAUCCCUACGAAGCAAGGCGCGAAAUACCAUACAGCACAUUUGAAAGACUAAUGAAGUCAGAAUCUGCAAGGAAAAUUUGCAUUUGAGCGAAUUUCAAGGAAUAUUUUAAUAAAAUGAGUGGAUUUUCAAGCAAAAGAAAGUUUCCGGAAAACGGCAAUGCAAACAAAAAUGGAAACACCGCCUCUGGAAAGCAACAAAAGAAAUGGAACGAUGAGGAAGAUGAUGACUUUGAUGGAAUGGAUUUUGAUAUGGGUGGAGAAGGGGGUGAUGAUAAAGAUGUGCUACUAGGAGAAGGUCCGGAGAACCAACAAACCUCAGUGAAAUGGUCUAGAGUUGAUCCCCCCAAUUUAGAUCCUUCUGUUGACGAAUUAACAUUUCAACAAAUAGAUAUAGAAAAUUACUUGGGCGAACCUAUGCCUGGAAUGCCAGGUCCACAGAUUGGACCGGUACCAAUAAUACGCAUGUUUGGUAUUACAAUGGAAGGAAACUCGGUUUGUUGUCAUGUGCAUGGUUUCUGCCCUUAUUUCUAUAUAGCAGCGCCACGUAGUUUCGAACGGAAUCACUGCAAUGCCUUGCGCGAAGCUUUGGACAAAAAGGUAUUAGCAGAUAUGCGCAGCAACAAGAAUAAUGUACAAGAAGCUGUGUUAGAAGUACAGCUUGUGGAACGCCUUAAUAUUUACGGUUAUCAAGGCGAUGAUAAGCAACGCUAUAUAAAAAUAACAGUAACAGUGCCUAAAUUGGUUGCAGCAGCAGUGCGAUUACUUUCCAAUCAAAUAAUAUUGUCGGAUUUCGAUUUUCAAGACUGUCGUGCCUUUGAAAGCAAUAUUGACUUCGAUAUACGUUUCAUGGUUGAUACACAUGUAGUGGGUUGUAAUUGGAUAGAAUUGCCAGCGGGUACAUGGCGUAUACGCAAUAAAAAUACUAAACCGCAACCAGAAUCACGUUGUCAAAUCGAAGUAGAUGUGGCCUAUGACAAAUUUAUAUCACAUGAACCCGAAGGAGAGUGGUCUAAGGUAGCGCCUUUUCGUAUACUAUCAUUCGAUAUUGAAUGUGCUGGACGUAAAGGUAUUUUUCCUGAAGCUAAAAUGGAUCCGGUCAUACAGAUCGCCAACAUGGUUAUACGUCAAGGCGAUCCCGAACCUUUCAUAAGAAACGUUUUUACUUUGAACAACUGCGCGCCUAUUGUUGGUUCCGAAGUACGUUGUUUUCCCAAAGAGACGGAACUUUUAGAUGCCUGGUCGAGUUUUGUGCGCGAAGUCGAUCCGGAUAUUUUAACCGGCUAUAAUAUAAAUAAUUUUGAUAUACCCUACCUUCUUAACCGUGCUGCACACUUGAAGGUGAAGAAUUUCGAAUAUCUCGGACGCAUAAGAAAUAUCCGUUCAGUCAUUAAAGAACAAGUGUUACAAUCAAAGCAAAUGGGUAGACGAGAGAACAAGUAUGUAAACUUUGAGGGGCGUGUUCCCUUCGAUUUGCUCUUCGUGCUGUUGCGCGACUAUAAGCUGCGCUCAUACACAUUAAAUGCAGUGAGCUAUCACUUUUUACAAGAGCAGAAAGAAGAUGUGCAUCACAGCAUCAUCACAGAUCUACAAAAUGGUGAUGAGCAAACACGUCGUCGUUUGGCUAUGUAUUGUCUUAAGGAUGCUUACUUACCCUUGCGUUUGCUAGACAAACUUAUGUCUAUUGUCAAUUACAUGGAAAUGGCGAGGGUCACGGGUGUGCCGUUGGAAUCUUUAUUAACACGUGGUCAACAGAUUAAAGUGCUAAGUCAAUUGUUACGCGCCGCGCGUACCAAGGGUUUUAUAAUGCCCGCCCACCAGUCGAAGGCGUCUGAAGAGCAAUAUGAGGGCGCUACAGUUAUAGAACCAAAACGUGGUUAUUAUGCCGAUCCCAUAGCGACACUUGAUUUUGCUUCUCUAUAUCCUAGUAUUAUGAUUGCACAUAAUCUUUGCUAUACCACACUAGUGCAGCCGGGUAUGAAAGAGCGUCUAGGUCUAACAGAUUCCCAAGUAGAACGUACGCCAGCCAACAAUACAUUUGUACGCUCGGAAGUGCGUAACGGACUGCUACCAGAAAUUCUGCAAUCUCUACUGGCUGCGCGUAAGCGUGCCAAAAAUGAUUUGAAGGUUGAAAAAGAUCCCUUCCGGCGUAAGGUGCUCGAUGGUCGACAAUUGGCUUUGAAAAUAUCCGCCAAUUCAGUGUAUGGUUUCACAGGUGCGCAGGUCGGUAAAUUACCCUGUUUGGAAAUAUCGGGCAGUGUCACCGCUUACGGGCGUACAAUGAUCGAGUUGACAAAAAAUGAGGUGGAAACACAUUACAAAAUCGCUAAUAAUUACGAAAAUGAUGCAGUCGUCAUUUACGGUGACACAGAUUCGGUGAUGGUGAACUUUGGUGUAAAAACAUUGGAACGCGCAAUGGAACUCGGCCGUGAAGCGGCCGAAAUAGUUAGCGCCAAGUUUGUGCGACCCAUUAAGUUGGAAUUCGAAAAGGUUUACUACCCUUAUUUGCUAAUCAAUAAGAAACGUUAUGCUGGUUUGUAUUUCACGCGUCCUGAAACAUAUGACAAAAUGGACUGCAAAGGCAUUGAAACCGUGCGUCGCGAUAAUUCACCGCUGGUUGCCAAUCUCAUGAACACUUGCUUGCAAAAAUUGCUUAUCGAACGCAAUCCCGAUGGCGCCGUAGAAUAUGCGAAACGCGUCAUAGCCGAUUUGCUCUGCAACCGCGUCGACAUCUCACAGCUGGUGAUUACUAAAGAAUUGGCAAAGACUGAUUAUGCUGCUAAGCAGGCGCAUGUAGAAUUAGCGAACAAAAUGAAGAAACGUGAUCCUGGCACAGCACCUAAAUUGGGUGAUCGUGUACCUUACGUGAUUUGCGCUGCAGCAAAGAAUACGCCCGCCUACAUGAAGGCUGAGGAUCCACUGUAUGUCCUCGAGAAUUGUGUGCCCAUUGACGCUAAUUACUAUUUGGAGCAACAACUAUCGAAACCAUUGUUACGCAUAUUCGAACCACUGCUCGGAGAUCGCGCCGAAUCUAUACUGUUGAAGGGUGAACACACACGAACGCGUUCUGUGGUAACCUCAAAGGUUGGUGGUCUGGCUGGCUUUAUGACUAAGAAAUCGUCAUGUCUUGGCUGUCGUGCACUCAUGCCGAAUGGUUAUGAAAAGGCAGCGUUAUGUCCACAUUGUGAGCCUCGCAUGAGUGAACUUUAUCAACGCGAAAUCGUGGCAAAACGCUCGCUGGAAGAGACUUUCGAUCGCUUGUGGACCGAGUGUCAACGUUGUCAGGGUUCGCUGCAUGAAGAGGUGUUGUGUUCGAAUCGAGAUUGUCCGAUCUUUUACAUGCGUCAAAAGAUACGCAUGGAUUUGGAUACACAGGAAAAGCGCGUACAGCGCUUCGGUGCGCCGGAUUGGUGACGCAUUACCGUUUAUAUUGCAUGAAUAGUUUAUAAGUGUUUUGUGUCUGAUUGCGAAUCGGUUGCUAAGAAUACUAUAUUUAUAUUUUAUUUGUUUUACCUCUAAAUAACGGAACUUGAAAUGCUCUAUCCAAAUUUGGUUUGUCUGAGUACAAUAAAUUUAAAAUGUUGAGAAA